AUGGCCACAAAGCUCAGCGCGUCCACAUUCAUCAAGUUAGAAGUCCUUUCUUUUGUCUCCGUGGCCCUGAAGGCUGGGGCUGUUAAUGUGAUUUUACGAAUGGGAGUCUGUGGGGAGUGGAAGCACUGCGAGACGCCAGGCGUGAAGACGCUGUGUAAUCUGAAGAAACUUCUGAACCGCCUUCAGAAAGACCACCGGGAGGACGUCUGCCUCUACAUCUCUGGACACCUGAACCCCAACAAGCUCUACCGGCCUCCCGAGACGAUCUUACAGCACUGGCCCAAUGCCCACCGGCCCAAGGGGGAGCGCGCCUCUGAGGUGGGAGAGCCGCCCGCAGGGAAGGUGGCGAGGAUGAAGGAGGCCCUGGCCCACUUCACCAUCCACACGGCGCUGGUCCCCAGUGAGGCCCAGGACACCCCGCUGUUCAGGUACCUGAACCCCCAGGCCUCUCUUUCCCACACUUCAGAGGAGGAAUUCCUUCCAGUGGAGGCUGUCAGAGAGGGGAGGGAAGAAAAGAAAGGAGGCCCUCCCGGACGGGGCCCUCCGGGAUGGCGCAGGAGGGAAGAACUCCGGCUGCCCGACUUGAAGGUGCUGCGGUACCAGGAGGCCGGGUCCAGAGGCACCAGGGACCGGCACCACUAUGUCAGCUCCUACCUGGCUGGAGCCACCAACGCAGACAGGUACAGGAUGUUCCUGCGUUUCCAGAAGGAAGUACUCGCCAAGCAAGAUCUCCUGAAGAAUGACUUCACUGGGAGCAAGGCGGCCGCGGACCACGAGAGAAAGCUGCAGCAGGAGCUCCAGAAAAUUUGCACGUGCAGCCCUCAGCAGUUCAACAGACUGCAUGUCUUUGGAAAAGUCUUUGAAGAUAUUUGUAACAGUUCUUUGAUAUUUGGUGAUCUCUUGAAAAAAGUUAAGGAUGAAUAUGAACGCUACAUGGCAACGCUCCUGGAGUCCCAGCCUGCAGCACAGUACGAGGCUCUUCGGGCUCAACUCAAGGCACUGGGGCAGAGGCCGGUGAAGACAGCGGACAUGGAUCUUGCCAGGGAAGAGCUGAGGAUGCUCGUGAGAGCCACAAAAGCAGCUCUGGAGCAGAAUGACAGACUCAGAAGUGAACUGGAGAUGGAGCUGGCAUUGCUGCAGUCUGCAAAGGAACGAUCAGAAUCAUCUGAGAAAUAUAUAAUUGAUGAAAACCAACUUACUCUUAUUGAGAAGGUUGAAAAGAAGAGGUGUGAAAUACUCAGUAAGUGGGAUGAGAUACAAGCUCUGGAAAAAGAAAUUAAAACAACUUUGGUUCAUACUGGAAUUUCAGAUAUCACUGAGAAUAGGAUUAAAAGCAUAGAGCAUGAAGCUAUAAAAUUGGAAACAGAAAAUAUGAUUUUAAAGAAGAAAAUAAAAGGUCCUUUGGAAAUUUAUCAAGGAAUUUGUAAAAUCAGAGGAAACAGAAGACAACGCUCAAGUGGCUGA